AUGCCCCCACUCUCCCCCUUCAUCUGCCCAUGCCUCAACCUUGCGUCCUCCAAUGACGACCGUCCAUUCAUAUCCUCCCUCCCGCAGCUAAUCACAUUCGCAGCCCAGCACAAUCCCCACCAUACAUUCGCCCUCCAACUCCGCACCUCGGACUCACCUCGAUGCGAACUUUCCUUUGUGCAGGUCGGGGAAAUGGUGGAACGUGCGUCGGCGUGGCUCAUCUCAUCAGUCCGAACCAAAUCUGAAAUUCCUGGAUUGUUGCUGAGAAGAAUUCCGAAUAAUUUAAUGAUGCCGAUACUUUUGGCGAGUGAUGUGGGAUUGUUUGUGUAUCUGAGUGCGUUGUUGAGGAUUGGUGUGCCGGCCCUGCUCCUCUCUGCCCGCCUUAGUCCCACAUCAAUUGCACACCUAAUCAAAGAAACAUCCCCCACCUCCAUCCUCAUGUCCUCCCAAACAUUACUCGUCGCAAGUAAAGCACUUUCUUUUCUUCCUCCAACAUCCCGCUUCCUCCCGCCCCGCCUCGUCACCCCACCUCCCUACUCCAUUUUUCUUCUCCCAGGUUCCCUCACACCCGACUCCCCUCGACCGCCAGCAGUUCCGCCUCCAUUCGAAAACCACCUCCCCACAGAUCUCGACGCACUCACACUCCAUUCAUCAGGAACCGCCGGGCUCCCAAAGGCGAUAUACCACUCCCACGCGUUCUUACUCAGGCUCUUCGCGUCUGCGCAUCGGUUUGAGGAGAAGGUGGGGGAGGGAUAUAGCAUUGUUACGUCGCCUUUGUAUCAUAGGUUCAGACUCCUCGCACCCAUCCUAUCUCUAUCCAUGAACCUCCCAUUCGUCCUUCCCCCCUCUGGCAUCAUACCCACCGCCCUUUCCACACUCCACACCAUCAAUUCAACCAACGCCCGUUAUUUGUUCACGGUACCGUGUAUUAUUGAAGAUAUUCUCUGCCUCCCUGAUGACGUGGGGUUGGAGGCGAUGAAGAAAUUGGACAUCGUCGUCGUUGGUGGUGCGCCUUUGAAAGACAUCGUUGGGAGACGGAUGACCGAGGGGGGUGUUAGGGUCUUAAAUCAUUGGGGUGCUUCUGAGACAGGACCCAUCACGCCUAUCGAAAACGUCAAGCCUGGGUAUCAUGAUUGGCGGUAUUUGAGUCCGAGGACGGAUUUGGGGUUUAAUAAUGAGAAUGGAGAAGAACAAAGGAGGACGUAUACGCUUGUCUUUCGGCCUCCGGGGUGGAAGGAGCAUUUCGUUCUUGGAGAUUUACUUUGGGCUGCUCCUGGGCCUGAAGCCGCGCACGAUAAUCAAGUUCAUCUUGAAAAAAUUAAUCCUGAGUUUGCAGAACGAUUGAUCGGUGAACAUCCGGACGUAAGAGGGGUGCUGGCGUUUGGCCAAUGGGAGGUGGCCGUUGGCGUUGUCAUUGAGCUCCGAAGUGGGCGGGACGUGGUUGGCACUGGGGAAUCAGAGCAGGGGAUAUUCACCUACAUCGACCGCGCGAACCUCCUCCUAGACGCACACGCCCAAAUAUCCCCCGAGCUCGUUGUAUUCACUUUCGAGGAGUGCAAGUCGCUCGUGAGGACGGAUAAAGGAAGCGUAGCCAGGAAGGCAAAUUAUGCUCUGUUUGAGCGGGAGAUUCGGGGGGCUUAUGAGCGGAUGGGGAGCCUGGGUUCCGUUCUGGGUCCCAGUGCGGCGCACGAAUUCCCGACAAGCAGCUUGGCCGUUAAGUGUCUUCCCCAAAACGACUCUGACCUGUUCGAAGCGGGUCUGGACAGUUUACAAGCUUCCCGCGUACAACGUGCCAUUCUUGACCAGUUGAGGAACUCAGGAACAGCGAGUGUCGAGGAGCCUCAGCUGGAGAAAUAUUUUUGUUUUGCGUAUCCGUCGGUGGAUAAGAUGGCGGGUGCUUUAUCAACUCGGUUGAUGGCUGAGGAAAAAGUGAACGGGGCCGGUGCAGGUGCAGAAGAAUCGUCGCCACCACUACCCCAAUACUCCUUCGUUGUUUUACUAACUGGAUCAACGGGAAACCUGGGAUGUUUUCUCCUUGCUCGGUUGGCCAAAGAUCCUGGGGUGUCCAAGGUCAUUUGUUUGAAUAGGGCAUAUGUCCUGCAUCCAAUCAGCAUUCCACCUGUGAUACACUUGCGUUCAGCUUGCGGUACACUUGAGAUACAUCUGCGACACACCUGCGACACAUUUAAGAUACACUUGCGAGAGUUAGUAUCCAUUGCGAGACUUGCGUACACUUGCUUGAAGAGCGUAACGCACAUCAUACAUAACGCCUGGCCCGUGAACUUUAACCUCCACCUCUCCUCAUUCGAGCCGCACAUACACUUGCGAGAGUUAGUAUCCAUUGCGAGACUUGCUAUCCACCAACGCCAGAAGGAGGUGCUGGAGAGACGCGGAGCGUGUGUUAGCCUGGAAGACUGGGCAAAGGUCACCCCCAUCGUCCAAGUACCAGAAAUCCCACUAGACGCAACGGACCCCGCACCAUUCGGCUACGCACAAUCCAAAUGGGUUUGUGAACAACUUCUUGAGAGCGUGAAUCAGCUCUUUGGGUCGACAGUAUGCGCUUCCGUCGUACGUCUCGGACAAAUUACAGGCACGACAGAAAAAGGAGCGUGGAAUGAAUGGGAGCAUGUCUCGUUAAUGACAGCCUCAUGGCUCCCCGUUGACCGCGCAAGCGAAAUCCUCAUCGACCUCUUAUUCUCGCCAUCCUUCGAACAAAUAUAUCACCUCGAGAACCCUAUACGACGCCCCUGGCCCCAUAUAACCCACACCCUCGCCUCUCUCCUCGGUGGUACCGCCACUCCCCUCCCCCUGAUACCAUUCCAACAAUGGAUAGCAUGCGUUCGGAAAAGCGAGGAAGUCCUGCCAGCUACUCCGAUCACGAGGUUCCUGGAAGAGGAAUUUGGGAGGUUGGGAGUUGGGCUGGUUGGGUUUUGUAUGUAUGGGACGGGGAGGGAUUCGGCGGCGUUUAGGGAGUUUGGGUUGGUCUCGGAGGAGUUGCUCAGGGCGAGUGUGGGGUAUUGGAGGUGGGUGGGCGUGUUGGCUUAG